GUAAUUAUUAAUAUUUCACAAACCAGGUUGAAAAGGUUGAUUAUGGAAAAUUAUUCUCAAGUUUCUUAUUUUAUUCUUGUUGCCUACUUUGAUACUGGGAUUUUCAAGUACUUAUAUUUCCUGAUCCUAUUGUGUUUGUAUGUUUUAAUCAUCAUAUCCAAUGUUCUUCUGAUUGUGCUUAUCUGUGUGAACAGGAUCUUAUAUGAACCCAUGUACCUGUUUCUGUGCAGUCUGUUUGUUAAUCAACUCUAUGGUAGUACUGGGCUGUUUCCAUUCCUUCUGUUUCAGAUCCUUAAAGACAUUCACACUAUUUCUGCUUCGUUUUGUUUCCUACAGAUUGCCUAUGUUUACUGUUAUGCAGCUGUUGAAUGUUUAACCUUAGCCGUCAUGUCAUAUGACCGAUACUUGGCCAUCUGUUAUCCUUUACAUUAUAACACACGUAUGACGUCUCAUAAGGUUUUCCUCCUCGUUGCCCUGUCGUGGUUAUGCUCAUUCAUUACAAUGAUUAUCCUCAUAUCAUUAUCUGCUCCUUUACAGCUGUGUGGAAACAUUAUUCAUAAAGUCUACUGUGAUAAUUACUCUAUAGUUAAACUGGCCUGUUCUGACACCACAGUCAAUAACAUCUAUGGACUCAUCACAGUUGUUAUUGUUAUAAUAAUUCCUCUUUUUUUCAUCUUCUACACCUACAUGAGGAUCCUUAAAGUGUGUUUUUCUGGAUCUAAACAGACCAGACAUAAAGCUGUCAGUACCUGUACACCUCACCUGGCUUCAGUCAUUAACUAUUGCUUUGGGGCUUGUUUUGAAGUCAUUCAGAGCAGGUUUAAUAUGAACAAUGUGCCCAAUACAUUAAGAAUAUUUUUGUCGAUAUACUGGCUCACAUGUCAGCCACUAUUUAACCCUUUAAUGUAUGGACUGAACAUGUCUAAGAUCCGUAUAAUGUGUAAAAAUCUCUUUUCAUUCAGAAUAAGAUAG